CGGCGUCGUCGUCGUCAUCGUCUUCUUCGUUGUUGUCAGUUGUUGUCCGAUAGACCGAUACACAAACACAAAACGAAGCCCAAAAAAAUCGAAAUAUAGUCGAAAGCUCUCUUCAUAUAAUAUUUAAUCGGUUCUCCACGGAAUUUAUCGACAGCCCCUACUUUAGUUGAAUUAAGAACGUUGCGGGGUUGAAAACGGUCUUCAUCGCCGUUUUUGUCGUUUGUAUUGUUGUUGUCGUUGUCGCAUCCGAUUGGUUGUUUCGCAGUUAUUUUUCGAUUUUCUAUAUUUGCGUCUUUUUAAUUUAUUUUAGUACAGAAACUUAAUAUUUUUUUUGUUAUUUUUUUUGCCAAAGUGCUGUACUAUUAUUUUAAGGAUACAGGACAUCAUAGUGCAAAUUUAUAUUUUGAAAAAAAAAAGUCCUGUGCAUAUCGCAAGGACGACCGACGACGUUAUAACAAAUUUUAGUUCGUUACAGUGUUUUGCGGUGAAGUAAAACACUUUUUUUUAACUACCCCCACCAUCACACAGAGACAGGACAAAAAUACCCAAUUCUAAAAUGUCAUGGAGAUACGCGCUUCUCUUCGAUUAUCUUAUACAGCAACCAAGUAGAAUGGAACUAUCAGACCAAACUACAGGACGCCAAUUGCAAAGGGUGCUACACUAUUCAGUUACCCCAUGCAGGCCAUUGCCAGGACUUCGGAGAUCAGAAUGUGCCAUUCAUGAUGUCGACUGUGAUGAAGUGUAUCCUGGUAUUUAUGUGGGUGACGCAGCUGCUGCCAAGAACAAAGUGUACCUCCGACUUAUGGGCAUCACACAUGUUUUGAACACAGCAGAAGGAUGCAGAUACGGACAGGUCGAUACUGGGCAUAUUUACUACAGAGACAUGCCAACUAUUAGAUAUAUGGGAUUUCCAAUGAUGGAUCAACCAACAACAGACAUCUCCAGAUAUUUUUAUGUGGCAUCAAAAUUCAUUGACAAUGCAAUAACAAGUGGAGGAAAAAUCCUGGUGCAUUGUUUGGUUGGUAUGUCGCGCUCAGCUACCUGUGUACUGGCAUAUCUCAUGAUUUGCCGAAAGAUGACAGCUGUCGAAGCGAUACGAACAGUCCGCAUGCGACGAGACAUUCGUCCUAACGAUGGUUUCCUACAACAGAUCGCAGACUUAGACAACGAACUGAAACGCAAACGUCUAUACCCCUACUAAUAAGGGCGUCUAGCAUAUAUAAUAUUUAUUUAAUUUUUUGUAUAAAAAAAGACUCUCAGUCUAACUAACAAAAGAAGAACAGCAAAAAUAAUAACAACAACAAAGUUUAUGUGCAACCACCAAAGUAUAAAUCUAAUAACCUUUUAAUGAAACGAAAACAAACAAAAAAUAUUAAAACUAUAUACAUUAAAACAAAACAUUAUAUUAAAAAAAAACAAAAAUUAUUAUGAUUUUAUUUUUAAUUUUGCGAUUGAAAAAUAAAAAAUAAAAAACUGACAUACAGUGUUAAGAAAAGAUUUUAUGCUUUUUUUUUAUAUAUUUAUAACAACAAAAAUGAAGAAAAUGAAUUUGAACUGAAGUCAAAAAAAUACAAAAUAGAAAAAAAAAACACUGAAGAAUACUAAAUAAUUUUUUUUUAAGUAGUAUCUGCUAUAAUUUUUUUUUAAGUUUUUAUAAUUUGCAUGCAAAAACAAUAGUUUCUUAUUACAAAUGCUGUAUUUUCACAAAUCAAAAACAAAAUCUAAAAACCAAAAAAAAAAAAAAACAUUAAAGUAAUUUCUAAGUGAAAUAAUAUUAUAUUUACAUGUUAAAUGAAAAUAAAACACAAAAUUAAUAAGAAAACAAAACAAUAGAAAAGUGCAAUUGCAAUACAAAAGUGUACCUUUAACGUGAUUUUUUAUUUUAUUUUGUGCAUUAAAUUAGAUCAAUAAGUAAACUUGUAACAAUUAUUUUUUUAUGGCACAGUUUGGAUUAUGUUUUAUUCUUUUUUUGCAUAAUAUUGUGUAGGAUCAAUAAAAAAUAAAAUAAAAAGUAGAAACACUUGUAUACACCAGAAGCCACAAAUCCAAUUUGGAUGUGCAAAAUCGAUGAGCUUGUUAAUCCACCCCAGACUUUGACCUAGAAUUUUUUAAUACCUAACUGUCUACUUUUAUUUUUCUCUUUUUAUUGCAUUAAAUACAUAAAAAAAUACUGUGGAACUAAUUGAUUUUUAUAAAAAAAAAUAAACGAAAUAAACUUUUUUUUAUUCUAAAUUGUUUUUAGCGUCUCCAUAAUGUGCCACUUUUAGGGAACACUUUCGAUAGUAGCAAUUUUAGUUUUUUUUUGUAUUUAUUUUUUUGUUUACAAAAUAUAUGAAUAAAUGCUUAAAUUUUCACUUUAAAAUUGAAGAAAAACAAAUACAUUGAUUAGAAUUACAACUUAGAAAAUAAGUUAUAGAAAACCUUAAAUAUUUAAGAGGGUUGUAACUUGCAAUGAAAAAAAAAAAAAAAAAAAAAACAAAA